AUGGCUUCCAUCGAUUACCUGCUCCAUGAGAGCUCGGUGGGGUACGCAAUCUUUCAGGUUGUCCACCAGGCCGACACAAUUGGAAACCGAUUGAAGGAGGUUCAAGAUGCAAACCAAGACCUUUCAAAGUUUGGCAAGAUGGUCAAGUUGGUCAACUUUGCGCCAUACAGAGGUGCCGCCGAAGCUCUCGAGAACAUUAACCUUGUCUCCGAGGGUGUCCUGUCCGAAUAUCUCAGAUCAAACCUGGAACUGAACCUCCCAAAGCCGUCGAAGAAGAAGAAGGUCGUGCUGGGUGUGUCGGACAAGAACUUGGCUGGAAGCAUCAAGGCCGCGUUCCCUGGUGUCGAUUGCGAAACUGGCGAGACGUCCGAAGUGGUCGCAGACUUGCUCCGAGGGUUACGAUUCCAUGCACCGAAGUUGCUGAAGGGGUUGCAAGAAGGGGAUGUUGAGAGAGCACAAUUGGGUCUGGGCCACGCAUACUCCCGCGCCAAGGUUAAGUUUUCGGUUCAAAAGAACGACAACCACAUCAUCCAAGCCAUUGCGACAUUGGAUCAUCUCGACAAGGCUAUUAAUACCUUCUCCAUGCGUGUUCGAGAAUGGUAUGGCUGGCACUUCCCCGAACUCGUCCGAAUCGUCUCGGAUAACCACACAUACGCCAAGCUCGCGCUUGCGAUCGGGGACAAGAAGAGCCUGACGGACGAGUCAUUACACGAUAUCGCUGCGAUUGUGAACGAUGACGGAGACAUUGCGCAGGCGAUCAUCGAUGCCGCACGAGUGAGUAUGGGUCAGGACAUCUCAGUCAAUGAUAUGGAGAACGUCUCGGCCUUCGCAAACCGUGUGGUCAAGCUUGCCGAGUACAGAAGAUCGCUGUUCCAAUACCUGGUUAACAAGAUGUCCAUCGUCGCACCAAACUUGGCUACUCUGAUCGGCGAGGUUGUUGCCGCCCGUUUGAUUUCCCACGCCGGUUCCCUCACCAAUCUUUCCAAGUACCCUGCAUCUACCGUCCAAAUUCUCGGUGCAGAGAAGGCUCUGUUCAGAGCUCUGAAGACUAAGGGCAACACUCCCAAAUACGGUUUAAUCUACCACUCAAGCUUCAUCGGCCGAGCAGGCGCAAAGAACAAGGGCCGCAUUUCGCGAUUCUUGGCAAACAAGUGCAGUAUUGCUAGCAGAAUCGACAAUUUCUCCGAAACGCCAUCAACGAAAUUUGGCGCUGCGUUAAGACAACUCGUCGAAGACAGAUUAGACUUCUACGCCAAUGGAAAGGCACCCAUGAAGAACGAAGAUGCUAUGAAAUCCGCCAUGGAUGCCGUCCUAGGCGAUAUCAACGUCGCGGAGCCCGAUGGAGAUGUCGACAUGGCGGACAUCACGCCCAAGAAGGAGAAGAAAUCCAAGGACAAGAAGGACAAGAAAGAGAAGAAAGAGAAAUCCAAAGACAAGGAGGAGAAGGAGCACAAGAAGGACAAGAAGCGGAAACACAGCGACGUCGGCGUCGAAGUGAGCGAGAAGAAGAAGAAGAAGAGCAAGUCCGAGUGA